UGGCCAGACACUGAUUUUAUGGAUCACAGAUCCAGGCCAAAAGCCAAGUUUCGAAUUCAGUGGAAGCCACACCUACUGCUCAGAACAAACCAUUAAACCGGGAAACAAGUAUCUCUCUCUGACUCUGCCGCUCAGUCUGAUAGGGUGUGUUUCACCAUGGCAGAAGCUGUUUUUGAUAAGGAUUUGAUUACCUGUUCAAUCUGUCUGGAUCCACUGAAGGAUCCAGUGACUACUGCCUGUGGACACAGUUACUGUAUGGGCUGCAUUAAAGAAAGCUGGGAUCAGGAUGAUGGGAAAGGUGUCUACAGCUGUCCCCAGUGCAGGCAGACCUUCACCCCAAGACCUGUUCUGGGGAAAAAUACUCUACUGAACGAAUUGGUGGAGAAACUGAAGAUGACAGGACAAGCUGCUCCUCCUGCUUACUGUUAUGCUGGACCUUUAGAUGUGGGGUGUGACAUCUGCGCUGGGAGAAAGCUCAAAGCUGUCAAGUCCUGUCUGCUGUGUCUUGCCUCUUACUGUGCGACUCACCUAAAACUUCACAAUGACCUCAACCAAGGAAAAAAACACAAGUUGAUUGAUGCUACUCGACUACAGGAGAAGAUUUGCACUCGCCAUGACAAACUGCUGGAGGUUUACUGUCGUACCGAUCAGCAAUGUAUCUGUCUGCUGUGUGUGAUUGAUGAUCAUAAAGGCCAUGAUAUAGUCGCCGCUGCAGAAGAAAGGACUGAAAAACAGAAGCAGUUGGGGGGAAAUAAUCUGAAAUCCCAGCAGAGAAUCCGGGAGAGAGAGAAGGAGAUGCAGGAGCUGAGACAGGCUGUGGACUCAUUGAAGCGCUCUGCACAAGCGGAAUUGUUUGACAGCGAGAGGACCUUGACUGAGCUCAUCCACUCUGUUGAGAAAAGGCGCUCUGAGGUGAAGGAGCUGAUCAGUGCCCAAGAGAAGGCUCAAGUGAGUCGAGCUAAAAGGCAUCUGAAGCAACUGGAGCAAGAGGUCGCUGGACUGAGGAGGAGAGAUGCUGAGCUAAAGCACCUGUCACACACAGAAGAUCACAUCCAUUUCCUCCAGCAUUUCCAGUCUCUCUGUGUCCCUCUUGGAUCUGAGGGCACACCCAGCAUCAUUGUCACCUUUGAGCACGUGACGAAAUUUGUCACUGAACUGAAAGAGCGACUACAAGACAUCUGCAAGGAGGAAAUGGACAGAAUAUACGGGAAAGUGACUAAAGUUCCAAACAUUCGCCCUUCUGUGCCCAAGACCAGAGAGGAGUUCUUAGAAUACUGCUGCCCGCUGACAUUGGAUCCCAACACAGCAAAUAAACUCCUGUGUCUGUCUGAGGGGAACAGAAAGGUGACCAGGAGUCAUAAGAUCCAGACCUAUCCCAACCAUGAACAUAGAUUUAGCCACUGGAAACAGGUGUUGUGUAAAGAGGGUGUCUGGAGUGUGUCUGAACCCUGCUACUGGGAGGUAGAGUGGACCGGGGUGGAGGUUGAUGUAGCCGUCUCAUAUAAAGGGAUCAGCAGGAGAGGAAGUGGUCAUGAGUGUUUGUUUGGUGCUAAUGACCAGUCCUGGAGGUUGUACUGCUCUGCAACUAGAUGCUGUUUCUACCAUAAUGGUAGAGAGACUUCUAUCCCCGCCAUCCGCUCAGACUCCAGAGUCGGAGUGUACCUGGACCACGGGGCAGGAACUCUGUCCUUUUACAGCGUGACUGUCUCAGACUCCAUGACCCUCCUCCACGGAGUCAAGACCACGUUCACUCGGCCCCUCUACCCUGGGUUUGGGGUUGGUUCAUCUGUGAGGAUACUGACACCAUUUUUGAGUAGUAACUAACUUAAUAUGUACGGUGUAAAAUAUGAACCUAGAUUACAGUACUUCCCUAUGGAACUACUGUGGAAAUAGAAAAGUAUCAGGAACACAUUGUAAAGUGGGAUGGUUAUUUGUGUACUUUUUGGAAACUUUGAAAAAGCUGCGUUGAUUGUCAUCAAUCAUACUCCCUAUGUGUACAGCGAACAAUAAGUUCAGCUGCUGUUCAACAUAUUCAAUGCCAACCAUAAGACAAUGUGUUUAGACUUUGCGAUGUAAGUAGGGUAGUAUAUCGGUCACGUUGUACUCUUCUAACCAUAACUAGCCAUAACUCUGCCUUACCAUAUAGUAAUGCAUGUAUACUAUGCACUACUCUACUAUAUUAGUUCAUUAAAAGUGAGAGUGAUUUUGUU